GACCCGGGCGUUCUUAGGGCGGCGGCGGCGGCCGGGGCUCAGCGCCAUGAACCGGCUGGGGCUGCUGGGGCUGCUCUCCGCGGCGCUGCUGGGCUGCUGGGAGCCUGGUGAUGCCUUAACGUGCUCUGAUAAGCAGUAUGAGUACAAGGGCAGGUGCUGCAACCGGUGUCGGCCAGGGGAAAAGCUGGUCUCCGAGUGCGAUAAAACAGAAACCUCUGUCUGCACCCUCUGUGAGAUGGGGCAAUAUCAGCAGAGCUGGACCAAGGAGAAGCAUUGUGCUCCUCAUGACAUCUGUGAACACAACGCUGGACUCAUCGUGAAGACACAUGGAAAUGCCACGCACAACACGGUGUGCCAGUGCCAGCCCGGCAUGCACUGCUCGGACACCAGCUGCCAGACCUGCGUGGAGAACCAGCCCUGCAGGCCCGGCUCUGGCUUCGUGGCAGCCAAGGCCAUGGAAAGGAAGACAUCCCCCUGUGAACCCUGUGCAGAAGGCACCUUCUCCAAUGUAUCUUCUAAAACUGAGCCAUGCCAUCCUUGGACAAGCUGUGAAGAAAAGGGGCUGGCUCUGAAGGUGAAAGGGACAAACACCUCGGAUGUGAUCUGCGAGUCGGGCAGGCGCUCCUCGCUGUCGGUGCUGAUCCCCGUCAUGGCCGCAGUCGUCACGUGCCUCGUGGGUGUCUGCAUCUACUGCCUGGUCGACAGAGAUUCCAGACGACGGGUGCAGAAGGAGGCUGGGAUGCCCGGAGAGAACGCAAAUAAGCAGCAGCCCACGGAGCAGGAUGAGAAUGUCUUGCCUGUGCAGGAGACCCUACUCAGAGGCCAGCCCGUGGUCCAGGAGGAUGGCAAGGAGAGCCGCAUGUCGGAGCAGGAGAUGGUGUGAGGGCGCAGGGCACUGCCUCCGACGGGAGCACGGACUGGGAACAGCACCAUCUCCACUGUCCCCUCUCCAGCUGGGGAGGAAAUCUGGCAUCUGGCCUGGCUGCGAGUGAUGUGAUGCUGUGGUGGACCAUGGCAGGACCACCCCACGGGAAUACCACCACAGCUAGCACCUGGUCUGGCCACCUGCCCUGGGCUGCCCUGGUGGAGCAAGGCUUGAUUGCCUGCACAGGGACAUGGAGCGAGGUUCGGCUGCCCACAUGGGUGCACAGAACAGGGUCCCAUCCUGCUGCCCAAGUGGGUGCUGCAGUGAAGCCCAGUGUGGCUGCUCCCCUGCUGACCCCUGGCAGAGCCCGGUGCACCCACCAGGGCUGCCUCAGCAGAGUGUAGCGGCUGAUGGCAAGACCCCCAGCUCAGAGUCUCCCUGCGUGCUGGGGAUGCCACGGCCAGGAGUGGGGCCUGCGGGUGUGGGACCACCACGGCAGAGCUCAGCCAGCUGUCCAGGGGGCUGUGGAAGUGCCUUCCGUGCUGGAGCAGGGCCCGGUGGGUGCUGCUGCCAGGGCAGGGCACCGGGUACCUCGUACCGGCCCCGUCCCCCAGUGCCGCCCAGCGCUGCCGGGCUCCGUGGGAUGAACCGGCGGGCCCGCGGCUCAGCUCUGAGAC